AUUGUCUUAAACUGUGAAAAGCAGCGUGUGGAGUUGAGAGUGGAUGUUGUGAGUGAGUCUUAGAACUGAAUGAGAGUGUUUGUUGAUGUGUUACACCAGACCCCACCAUACACUUUCAAAGAGAAGACCCGAGAGAGCAAGACCACUUUUGGAAGGUGCCUACUUUCGUACAUCCGUAUUGGGGUGAACCUGAUCUCAUCUGAGCGUGAUUUGCAAAGACGGACAUUGAUGUGCAUGAAGUGGAUGACUUGUUCCAGACCCAAACAUCUGCGUCUUUGAGGAGACCUUGCUUUCACUACGCGUGUGACCCCAGCUGUGUGCUCUUCAGCAUGGAUCAGCCAGCCAGCAGUUGCAUGCGGAGCCCUCAUGCGGGCGGUGCUCUGUGGGGCUGCGUCAGGAGCCCCCACACCGGAGGUUCUGGAGCCGGGCUACAGCCGUACCAGCAGGCCCCCUUUUCCCUGCACCAGAAGCACGAUUUCCUGGCCUACACAGACUUCUCCAGCUCCUGCCUGGUGCCUGCCCCACACGCUUACCCACGCGAGGACAGACUGUAUCCGGACACGCACGGCUACCAGCGGGCAGAGUGGCAGUUCCCUCCCUGCGAACCGCGAGGCAGAGGACAAGAGCCGUGCCAGGGGGCGGCAGAAGCAGUGGCAGCCGGUGUAGGGGCUGAAAUGGACAAUGCAGGUGGAGAUAGGCUGCCUGGUGCAUGUCUAGAGGGAGAAUACUCACCUCAGAGCGCGGCGGCAGUGGACAUGGAGAAAAAAAGCAAUAAACGGAAAAGAGAAAUCACAGAAAUUCAGGAUUCAAGCCUCAAGCCAGAUUCCAACUGCAAGGCGAGAAAGGAACGGACGGCUUUCACCAAGGAGCAGCUCCGGGAGCUUGAGGCCGAAUUCACCCACCACAACUACUUGACCCGUCUGCGUCGCUACGAGAUCGCUGUCAACCUUGACCUCACUGAAAGACAGGUGAAAGUGUGGUUUCAGAACAGAAGAAUGAAGUGGAAGAGAGUAAAAGGAGGACAACCUGCAUCUCCUCAUGACCUGGAAGCAGAUGAGUUGGACUCUGCCGCUUCACCAAGCUCUGAGUGAAGAUCCGAUAUUUACAGUCACACGCCAUCCGCCCGGCAUCCAACUUUUCACUAGUUCUUCACGUAUCCCCUUACACAGCUACAUGGACAAAAGCGUUCAUGCUUCCUGUUGCUCUCUUUGCUCACAUGACAAAUUAUCAACAGAGCUUGAAUGGUUUGGAAGCACCAUCCAGUUUCAGCCCACAUGUUUCACUUUCAUUCACGAACGGAUCGAGUGAAAUCAGAGACCUGUAAAAAUCCAAUUAUUCCUGUGGUAAAACAAUUUAUAUUAACUGUUCGAGCCCUGGUUUAACAGUUCUGACCUCCAGCCAUGACGGCAUGAUGUAGGUUUGUUGUUGGAGUGCUUUCACACUGCAGUGGUGGCUGGUUCCUGAUCAGAACCACCUGUGAAGCUCAACACUCAGACUGGAUCUCAGGGCCGUGCCAAACCCCCAAAAGCCUUGAUAUCACGUCUUUGUUUUUGCCUUAAAUUGUGUUGUCCGAUUGCUCUUAGAAUAUCCCUUUUCCUGGUUAAAUAAUAUUUUUUGUUUUUGUACCUAUUCUUUUUUUUUUUACAUGAAAUGAAUAAAACAGAUGUUGCAUAUAAAAAUGA